GUCAUGCAUAGCCCACAGGCACCGGUUCCCGCGCUCUAGGCCCUCAGGUGGUCGCGUAUGAAGCUCAAGGCAACUCUUACGGAGCAUGGUUCACGUCUGCUAUGGAAGAACUUCUUGCCGACAAUAGAGAAGUUCGGCAAAACAUGCCAGGUCCUCCUUGGCGCUGAUGAAGUCCACUUCAUCCAGACGAGCCUGAACACCGAUGGGGUGCACGUCACAGCACGCUUCGCAGCGGAGACCCUGUUCGACACAGCCACAUACCGCUGCCAGAGCAAGCACUACAAUCUCAUCGCGUUCCAGGUGGAGGUGGGGCUGCUGCUGCGUGUGCUCAAGGGCGCGGCCGCCACCAAUGCACACGUGGUGGACGUGAAGCUGACCAUCCGCCAGGUGACGGGUCCGGCCGGCGAGCCCCAGAGCAAGCCCUUCCUGUCCUUCACCGCCUCGGGCGCUUCCACCAACGUGGUUCAGGACGUGCCCAUCAGCCGCCCCUUCAGCCCCGCCGAGGUGACGGCGCUGGUGGCGGCCAAGGACGUGGGCAGCUACUGCCCCGCAUACCUGGACCUGGUGCCGGGGCUUGCGGCGGCGCAGGCAAUCGUGGACCGGCUCAAGGCGGUGGACGACUGCGCCAUGCUGGCCGUGUGCCGGGGCGGCGACGCGCACUUGCUGGUUCAGACCACCAGUGUGGCGCUGGGGGCGCAGAUUAAAGACCUGUCCGUGUACCCGCAGACCGCGUACGUUGCGGCCGCCUGCGACAGGUCCAAGCCCGUGAGCGAGCAGCUGCAGGCGGCGCUGGAGAACGGCACGGCCGUGAGCGUGCACGUGCUGCUCAAGCAGCUGGCGCGCGUGCUGAGCACCAGCCAGCUCACGGAGCCGGCGCAGGUGCUGCUGGAGAGGCGGCGCAGAUAAUACACAGGUUUUACACUGCGCAG